CCUUCCGAGUAAAAAUAUAUAUCGCAGGUAGGGGUUUGUUAAUGCCCAGUAGUCGCCGAGUGUAACAAAACCCUAGAUAAAGGCUAGAGAGAGAGAACGGCAAAGAUCUAUCAAGAAACAUGGCGAGCGGCGCUAGAGAGUUGUCCACCAUGGAGGCCGAUAUCCAAAUGAUGUGCGCUGCUGAAGUUCAUCUCGGCACCAAAAACUGUGAUUUCCAGAUGGAGCGUUAUGUCUUCAAGCGCCGUAACGAUGGUAUUUAUAUCAUCAAUUUGGGAAAGACAUGGGAGAAGCUUAUGUUGGCUGCUAGGGUUAUUGUUUCUAUUGAGAAUCCCCAGGACAUCAUUGUCCAGUCUGCUAGGCCUUACGGUCAGAGAGCUGUCUUGAAGUUUGCUCAGUAUACUGGUGCUCAUGCUAUUGCUGGUCGUCACACUCCCGGAACUUUCACCAAUCAGCUUCAGACGUCGUUUAGCGAGCCUCGUCUUCUUAUUUUGACUGAUCCUAGAACUGACCACCAGCCUAUUAAGGAAGCUGCUCUUGGAAACAUCCCCACCAUUGCUUUCUGUGACACUGAUUCCCCAAUGCGAUAUGUUGAUAUUGGCAUUCCUGCCAAUAACAAGGGAAAGCACAGCAUUGGGUGCUUGUUCUGGCUGUUGGCAAGGAUGGUUCUGCAGAUGCGUGGUGUCAUUAGUCAAGGACACAAGUGGGAAGUGAUGGUUGAUUUGUUCUUUUAUAGAGAGCCUGAGGAAACCAAGGACCAAGAAGAAGAGGAUCUUCCUGUUGGUGAUUAUGUAGCAGAUUAUGCUGCUGCACCCAUUGGUGGUGCCGAUCAGUGGAAUGCUAUUCCUGAUGCCCAGUGGGGAGGUGAUGUGGUUCAACCUGCCAUUCCAGCAGUUCCUGCUGGAACAUGGACAGACGCUGGGCCAAUUGCCGGUGAUGGUUGGGAUGCGGCAGCUGCUCCUCCAGUACCUGGAGCAGUUGGACUUGAUGUUCCAGCACCUACUGGAUGGGAGUAAUAGAAGCUCAUUAGUACUUUCCUCUAUAAAAUGAGUGUUUCUGUUUAGCCAUCUAUUUAUUUUGGAUGUUUGAAGAACUUUUAGGCAGGGAUGAUGGAUGCUAUACACAAUUUUAUAUUUAUGCAAGUUUUUUACUCAA